AGAAAAAAUUAAUUAAUAGGAAUAAAACAAUUAAAAAUAAAAUCCCGGGAGCAGCCCCGGAGGAUGGGCCGGGCCCCCGCGGUGCCCGACGCGGGGAUGCCCCGGGGCCGGAGCGGGGCCGGGCCGCUGUGAGCGCUCGGGCCGGGGGGGGCCGAGCCGGGGUUGCGGGGCCGCCUCCCUCCCUCUCCAUCCAUCCAUCCAUCCCUCCAUCCUUCCCUCCAUCCCUCCCGCCCUGCCCAGCCCUCCGCGCAUCCUCCGGCACCGCCGAGCCGCGCCGGGCCGGGCCGGGGGUCCGAGCCCAGCCCAGUCGCCGGGGCCGAGCCGUGGCGAGCGGGAGGAUGAGGGGCAUCCUCUGCUUCUGCACCCUGGUCCUCCUGGAAGGCAUGGCAGAAGCCGUGGGCUCGAGCAGGGACUGCCUGCAGGCCGGCGAGUCGUGCACCACCGACCCCGUGUGCAGCGCCAAAUUCCGGACCCUGCGGCAGUGCAUCGCCGGGAAUGGGGCCAACAAGCUGGGCCCCGACGCCAAGAGCCAGUGCCGGAGCACGGUGACAGCCCUGCUCUCCAGCCAGCUCUACGGCUGCAAGUGCAAGAGGGGCAUGAAGAAGGAGAAGCACUGCCUGAGUGUCUACUGGAGCAUCCACCACACCCUCAUGGAAGGAAUGAAUGUCCUGGAGAGUUCCCCCUACGAGCCGCUCAGCAGGGGCUUCGAUUACGUCCGCCUGGCCUCCAUCACUGCAGGGUCGGAGAACGAGGUGACGCAGGUGAACCGGUGCCUGGACGCGGCCAAGGCCUGCAACGUGGACGAGCUGUGCCAGCGGCUGCGCACGGAGUACGUGUCCCUGUGCAUCCGGCGCCUGGCCCGCGCCGACUCCUGCAACCGCUCCAAGUGCCACAAGGCCCUGCGCCGCUUCUUCGACCGCGUGCCCCCCGAGUACACCCACGAGCUGCUCUUCUGCCCCUGCGACGACACGGCCUGCGCCGAGCGCCGCCGCCAGACCAUCGUCCCCGCCUGCUCCUACGAGGCCAAGGACAAGCCCAACUGCCUGGCGCCGCUGGAUUCCUGCCGGGAAAACUACGUCUGCAGGUCCCGCUAUGCAGAGUUCCAGUUCAACUGCCAGCCCUCCUUGCAGGCUGCCAGCGGGUGCCGGAGGGAGAGCUACGCUGCCUGUCUGCUGGCCUACACUGGCAUCAUAGGCAGCCCCAUCACCCCCAACUACAUCGACAACUCCACGUCCAGCAUCGCUCCCUGGUGCACCUGCAACGCCAGCGGGAACCGGCAGGAAGAGUGUGAGACCUUCCUGCACCUCUUCACCAACAACGUCUGUCUCCAAAACGCCAUCCAGGCCUUCGGCAACGGGACGUACCUGAGCUCGGGCGGCCCCUCCAUCCCCCCCACCACACAGAUGUACAAGCAGGAGCGAAACGCCAACAGGGCCGUGGCCACCCUCCGAGAGAACAUCCUGGAGCACCUCCAGCCCACCAAGGUGGCAGGGGAGGAGCGGCUCCUCCGGGGCUCCACCCGUCUGUCCUCAGGGACCUCCAGCCCGGCAGCCCCUUCCCCCUGGGCAGCCUCUCCACUCUGGAUGUGGCCUCUCCUCACUCCUGCCGUGCUGAGCCUCUCUGGGAUGUGAGGCAGGGCAGGAACACGCCGGGCACGGACUCGAUUUGGUGUUGGUUUCUUUACAAAACAACCAGAGCAGUAACUUUUUCGGGAGGAGGGAGGGGAUGGGAAGGAGAGGUGCAGUUUGGGCAUCCCUCCCUCCUCCUCCUCCUCAUCCCUCUGCCAGUUUAUUUGAUUUUCUACGAUCGGCAUCAUCGACAACCGGCUCAUCCUUGGUCCUGGCCACCUUCCCACCCCACGGCUUGGUUGUUGUCUCUCCAGCUCUCUGUGGAUGGGGUUGGAGCCAUGGACAGUCCCCUUGAAAAAGAGGAAGGAGAGAGUUGAUCCAGGACAUGGGAGCUGCAAAGGAAAUGCUUUUGCCUGCCCCAUCCAGGAGGGGAAAGACUUUGGAUGGAUGGAUGGAGGAGCCGUCAGGAAGUUUCCUGAAGCCCUGACUCGUGUUGGGGGGGCUCUUGGCAGGACAAGUCAAGCGAUGUGGAGCUCAGACUGUCUCCAGGGAUGCUCAGGACCCGAAGGACAACCCACCUGGUUGCUUCAGACUGAAGGAACCAGAGCAGUGGUGAGAAGGUUGUUGGGUUCGUUCACCGGAGAGGAACCUGAAGCACCUCUGGGGUGGAGCAAGUCACCACACUCCGAACUGGCUGGCAGGGAUUCUCCACCCUCUGGAAAAGCAGAGUACAACCAGCAUGUGUCUCCCAGCUGCCACCCACCCCUCGGGCCCUCCUUUUUGGGGAAACCUGUGUCAUGUGUUGCUGGUGUUCAGGAAGAAACACGUGUGUUGCGUUUUGUUCCCGGCUGGUUUUUCGCGUCCCGACCCGAGAAUCCCAAUCCUCUGGUCCUGUCAAGUGUUUGGGGUGGGGUUUUUUUUUGGUCACAUCCAAACAACCAGAGGCCAGUGUUGUCCCACUCCAAGCUGAGCUUUCUCCAUCAGGGAUCACUGUGUGAGCUCAACAUAACCCACUCUCACACGCUGCCUGUGCAUCCAUCAAUCUCAGUCUUCAGCCAGGGGUUUUCCUGGGAAGAGACAAAUAGAAAAGGUUUCUAGGUACCACCCUUAGGACAGAAAUAUCCAGGAGAGACCAUGUUAUGGAUCAUGCUAUGGGUAGGGAAUGCAUUGCUGUGGUUUCCUCUCUUUGGAGAACUCUCCUCACUUGUGUCCAGGUGAGCAGGGGAAGGGCUUUUCCUCCUGCCAGCUCCUGUUUCUUCAGCCAAGAGGUCACCUUUUGGAAGUGACCCUUUGGACUGAGCUGCAGCCAGAGCUGGAGGGAGGUGGGGGCAAAUGUCUCUGGGGUGUCUUGGGUGGCUCUGGUGUGACCUUGAGCAUUCCAAGGUCUUCCCUUGAGCUGAGGAGUCCCAGUGCCUUCCUGGAAGGCUGAGCCCCUUCCUACAUCAAGCCAGGAAAGAGGAUGCAAGGAAGGGUGAGAAGGCUUCCCAGGAUAAAUGCUGAUCCAGGCUGGCUGCCAUGGGAGGCACAGGAAUAGCCCCAGAUUCUCCCGGGAUAUUUAGGCCUGGGAUUUGCAGCAGCCCAUUUCUCCCUCGGGUUGUGCUCCUCCAAGGAGCACCAUUAGUUCCUUAGCAUUUGGAUCUGUGGAAAGGCUUAGCAGCAGCUGACACAGAAGAAUCCAGUGCUUUUUAUUCCCAUUCCCUGCAGAACACCUCCCACUGUUUACUGCUGCAGGUUUUGCUGGGAAGCUGCAGCAGCUUCCUUGGGUUUUGGUCCAACGUGGAACCUCUCUUGUUUGGAGCUGAACACCUGUGGGUGUGAUAGACACGGACAGAAAUCCUCCUGGUGCAUCCUGUCCAAAAUUCCUGGUGUUCCUAAUCCAAGGCUGUGCAGAGGAACAGGCCAAGAUCCAAGGCCUGUGUGCAGGGUGGGAACAUGCCAAGAUCCAAGGCCUGUGUACAGGGUGGGAACAUGCCAAGAUCCAAGGCCUGUGUCCAGGGUGGGAAUAUUCCAAGAUCCAAGGCCUGUGUCCAGGGUGCCAAGUCCCACCCUGAGCUGAGACUUCCAGGUGACGACUUCACGGCCAAGAGACUCACCCAGGUGAGAGAAGCAGGCAGGGAGGGAGAGCUCCAGAGAAGCCCUUUCCGAGUGCCAUAUCCAUGCACGGAGUUGCUGUGAACAUCUCCCCUUCAUCUACGACUUCAUUGUCCUCUGGGAGAGCAGGUGACACAACCCCAACCCUGCAAAACUCAUGAGGUGGGAAGGGGAUGAAACUCUGAUGCUCAGCCCUUCAAAGGCAAGGAACUACCUCAGCUCCGUGAGGUCAUGCUGGGAAUUGCCUUCCUGUGCCCCUUUCCUUCUCAGUCCUGCGGUCAUUCCCUGCUUUUCCACACAUCCAGCCUGUCCCCACCAGCCUUUAACAAUGCACAGGCUCAGUCUCUGUAGGCUGGGACACAAGUGCCAGCUGCUCUCCAGGAGCACCCACUCCUGGGGCUCUCAUGGCUCCGCUCCCGGGGCUCUCACAGCUCAGUUCCAGUGAUGCUGAAGUGCCACUUUGCCAUUUCCUUCUCAUCCAGCAGAGGAAGAGUUUUUCUGGGCGGUUGGGAUGAUUGGAAAGCCCACCUGACGUCUCCUUUCAGACUGGCGCUGUGGAAAACCGAUGUGGAGAAUCCAGAGGUCACCUAGUCCAGGGCCCUGCCCCACAGCAGCACCAGUGGUCUGUUUGCACUUUUUGGAAGGUUCAUCUUAAAGGAUUUUUAACAAUUUCAGUCAGAGGUGUCAUCAUUUCCCCUGGAUUUAUAUCAUAGAAUCAUGGAAUGGGUUGGCAGGAACCUUAAAGAUCAUUCAGUCCAACCCCCUGCCAUGGGCAGGGACACCUUCCACUAGCCCAGGUUGCUCCAAACCUGGCCUUGGACACUUCCAGGGAUAUCUUGCUUUUAAGACUCCUUAGGAUUUGUUGUCUCUAAGCAUCACAGCUGAAUGAGACCCUCAAUUCCCAUCUCCUAUCCUUCAAAUACUGUCCCAGGCCCUUCCCGGGGCUCCAAGGACACUUUGGAAAAAAGUGAGUGGGGCACAGAGCAAGAGCCUCUUACCCAGCAGGAAAGAGCCAGGCAGGUGGGAAUUAAACAAUAAUCCCCAAACCUUCAUGGCUUUUUCCCGAUCAUUUCCCCCUUUUCACCAAUAUUUGAUGUCGAUUCUCCCCCUCCAGGCCUGUUCACGAAUCAAACUUUGCGAAAAGACUUUUGAGCCUCGCUCAGAGAUGUGAUCCUGAUUCCACCCUUCCCACCCACCAGCACACGUGUGCACAGGCCAUUGUUUUCCCCCCUGUGAAAAGCCAGUGAUUUUUUGGGAUGAAAUCCCAUCCCUGCCGAAUUCUGUGAAGCAAACCCUGGAUCUUCACCUUAAAAUCUCUUUAACCCCCAAAGCUGCUUGUAAAGGCAAAGGACUGAGCAAGCAAAGAGAGAGAGAGAAAGGGGAGACCAUUUUCUUAAGGAAUUACUCCAUUCCUGGGGACUUCAUAAGCACAAAGAAGAGUCAUGGGAAAAAAAUAAUAAUAAUUUAAAAAAAAAAUAAUAAUAAUUAAAGAACCAGCCAGACUUUCUGUAGCCACUAAACUCUUAUGUUUUUGGCUGCUCGGCACCGUUCCCAGGAGUUUGACAGCCCUGAGAGCCCAGGAAAUAUUGUGAGUGUACAAAUCCAUGUUGGCAUCAUGUCAUGUCAUCAUGGGCAUCGUUUUCCAAGAAGGAACGUGAGCAGGGAGGGAAGAUCCAGGGCUGGGAGGUGGUGCUGGAGCAGUGACCCCUGUGUGGGCACCUGCACCAGGGCAGGGUGGUGGGUGGGUGUCAGCCCAUCCUGGGCUCAGACUUGUACUUCUCUCUUCUGUACAUGUCAAUAUUCCAACAUAUCCAUGAAUAAAGCACACAUGCAUUUUCCUGA